AUGGCGGCCAGCAGCUCAUCCUCCACGCCGGGUGCACAUGCAGCUGCGGCGCCCCACCCGGUGCACAUCACUGCCAAGAUUCAGCAAGCCAACGCGCGCGAUGCACCCUUCUGGUCCUUCGAGUUCUUCCCGCCAAAGACCACACAGGGUCUGGCCAACCUGUACAGCCGCAUCGCACGCAUGCGCGCCAACCUCGACCCGAGCUGGAUCCACGUCACCUGGGGCGCUGGCGGCACCACGGUCGAAAAGUCGCUCGAGCUCGCAGGCAGGAUACAGAAGGGCAGACUCGACCCUGCCACCCCGCUCCUCUCCGCCGACGGCCGUGAUUCGGAGGCAAGUCAGCAGUGGCAGCAUGAAGGUGCCGAUGCAUGUGAUGUCUGUCUGCACCUCACCUGCACCAACGUCCAGAAGGCCAGUUUGGACCAGACGCUGCUCGCUGCCAAGCGGCUGGGUAUUCGCAACAUCCUUGCGCUUCGUGGCGAUCCGCCGCGCGGCGAGGAGUACUGGGUGGCCGCCGACGAGCGCUUCCAGCACGCCACCGACCUCGUGCGCUACAUUCGAGAGUCGCACGGUGACCACUUCUGCAUCGGCGUAGCGGGCUAUCCCGAGGGCCAUGCCGACUAUGUCGACCGCGACGUCCAGCGCGAUCUGGCGUUCCUCAAGCAAAAGCAGGAUGCAGGCGCACAGUACAUUGUGACGCAGCUGUUCUACGAUGUGGACCGCUUCCUGGCGUGGUACAAGGACGCGCGCGCCAUGGGCAUCACCAUCCCCAUCCUUCCCGGGAUCAUGCCGAUUCAGAACUACCAGAGCUUCCGACGCAUGACCAACCUGUGCAAGGUGCAGAUCCCGCCGCUCGUGCUGGAGGCGCUCGAGCCCAUCAAGGCCGACGAUGCGGCCGUCAAGGAGUACGGCGUGGCGCUGGGCAUCCACAUGAUCGGACGCAUCUUUCUCGAGUCCGAUAUACGAGGAUUCCAUCUGUGCUCGCUCAACCUGGAAAAGAGCAUCGAGCGCAUCCUGGACGGGCUCGGGUGGAAGACGGAUGUGGGUGCACUUGCCGAGGCGGAUGUGCGGCUGAGUGCUGUACCCGCGCAUCUGCAUCUGGAGCGUACCAAGAACCAGAUGCUCUCUGACCGAACGGGCGCCAACACGCCGCGCGACUUUAAGGUGACCACGCAGGAGGCGUUGAAGCGCACGCUGGCGCGCACGUCCAGCUCGUACCAGGUGCCCGAGACUACUACGUGGGACGAAUUUCCCAACGGCCGCUACGGUGAUUCGCGCAGUCCGGCAUUCGGCGAGAUGGACGGAUACGGCGUGAGCCUCAAAGUUCCCGCUGCGGACGCGCUGCGUAUCUGGGGCCAUCCCGUGACGCUAGCCGACAUCUCGACGAUCUUUGCGUCGUAUCUCGAGGAAAAGAUCGCAUGCAUUCCAUGGUGCGAUGCGCCGCUUAUGCACGAAACCCUCCAGAUCCGCGACCAUCUUCUUGCGCUCAACCGACUCGGCGCCACUCCCGAUGCAGGGAAAGGGUGGUGGUCGGUCGGAUCUCAACCCGCCAUUGACGGUGCACCUUCCACCGACCCCGUUGUCGGAUUCGGUCCUUCGGGUGGCUUCAUCUUUCAGAAGGCCUUUGUGGAGCUGUUUAUGUCGGCGAGCGAUAAAGACGCGUUGGUGGAGGCGAUUGAUGCCAUGGGUCCGCAUGCGCAGUACACCUACUUUGCCGGCAACGCCCGCGGCGACUUUGUCUCGAACUUGGCCGAGGGUGAGGCGAAUACGGUCACCUGGGCCGUUUUUCCGGGCAAGGAAAUCGUGCAGUCGACGAUCAUCGAGCGGGAUAGCUUCGAGGCGUGGCGCGAGGAGGCGUUUGGCAUCUGGAACGAGUGGGCCAUGUUGUUCCCCAAGGCCUCGGCUAGUCGUCAGCUCAUCGACGGCGUCACCAACGACCGAUGGCUCGUGACCAUCGUCCAUCACGACUACAAGGAUGCCCAGGCGCUGUGGAAGUUUUUGGCACAGUGA